CGAGGAAGUGCCCGGAUUUCAACAUAAAGAGGUGAGCAAAUUGAGAAGCGAAAGACGAAGUACUUUGUAACGGUGAUGUGUCUGAGCACUCAUGAACACGCGACGGCGCCACGGUCCUAGGAGUCAGGAAGGGGUCUACCAAGGACCUUCCCAGACACAGCCGCCCCUGGUGCAGACUCCAGACGGACUGUCUACUUCAGCGCCGUCUCCUCCGGUCCCAUUGAUGGACAUCAGCAACAUGUCUGGGAGAGAUCGCACCAACGAGUUCCAGUCAGUUUGCCGGUCUCUUCAAUCACGACAGAAUGGAGUCCAGGCCAAUAAACCAGCCCUCAGCGCAAUCAGACAACGCAGUGACUUCACCCUCAUGGCUAAGAGAAUCGGGAGAGACUUGAGUAACACUUUUUCCAAAUUGGAAAAGCUUACUAUACUUGCCAAAAGGAAAUCCCUCUUUGACGACAAGGCUGUGGAGAUUGAGGAGUUGACCUACAUUGUUAAACAGGACAUUAACAGUCUGAAUAAACAGAUAGCACAACUACAGGGGCUAGUUCGAUCAAGACAGAGUCAAAAUGGUCAACAUCUACAGACACACUCCAACACCGUGGUGGUCUCCCUCCAGUCAAAACUGGCGAUGAUGUCUAAUGACUUCAAAUCGGUGCUGGAGGUCAGGACUGAGAACCUGAAGGAGCAGAGAACCAGACGAGAACGGUUCUCCCAAGCCCCUGCCUCGUCCCCUAACGCCAACAACUUUGGUAACUCUGUCCUGAUGCAGGACGACUCGAAGUCGUCUGCUGAUGUUGCUAUAAACAUGGACGGACGUGCGAGCCAGCAGCUGCAGCUAGUGAACGACCAGGACUCUUACAUCCAGAGCCGGGCGGACACGAUGCAGAACAUCGAGAGCACCAUUGUGGAGCUGGGCUCCAUCUUCCAGCAGCUGGCCCACAUGGUGAAGGAGCAGGAGGAGACAGUGCACAGGAUUGACGCCAACGUGGAGGACACCCAGAUGAACGUGGAGGGCGCCCACACCGAGAUCCUCAAAUACUUUCAGUCCGUCUCCUCAAACCGCUGGCUCCUUGUCAAGAUCUUCCUCGUCCUCGUCAUCUUCUUCAUCGUCUUUGUUGUCUUCCUCGCCUAGGGGGGACGCCCCGGUCGGAGGAGUGUGGGGGGUGGAAGUGGGGGGGUUGUCUUUGAGUCAAUAGUGGGAAGUGGACUAGAAAAGGGAGGGAUGUGUUUAGAGUGAAAAACUUGAGAUAAGAGGUUCUAUCUCGUCUUUCUCAGGUUUCAAAAUCUCUCACCCUUUUGGUUUAUACGAGGUGAAAUCAAACACUUUGUGAACCAGGGAUGUCAUCUUAAGAUGGAUCGAUGUACGCAGGAAAGGAUAUGAAGUAAACUGUGUUCGCCCAGUAUAAUGAUUACACAUAUAUAAAGGCACUAUUUCAGUUAGACGUAAACUCUAUCUCGCGCCUACUUUGUAGAAAACAUUCCUUUUUCUUGAAAGUCACGGUUAAUCCAAAGAGGACAUGGUCACAGAGAGAAAGACAGGUCUUGUUCUGUGUGGCCUUACUGCUGUCCUGACUCCAUUCUGGGGAUUCUUUCCUAUUAAGCACCUCACUGCCGUCUGUGUUUGUGUGUGGAGUGGGUCAAGGGCCCAAGUGAAUCAUGUGAAUAACCUUUGACCUCCGGUCUCUGCUCUCAUGGUUGGAAGAGCUGAUUGGCCAUGUUUUGGUAAUUGUUCACCACCUCACAAGUCUGAACAUGCAAGAAUCUCACACUCAUCGUGUCAGUCGAACUUGGUUGUCAUGUUAAUGAAUCGCGAGCCAAGUGUUUCGGUUUUUUUCUCAUGAAGACUUAAAAAGACAUCAUGUUUUUAUCUUGUGCUGCUUUACUUGUCAAACUACGGGUACUGUCAGUACUGCUUUUACAAUACAGCUGUUGUCUAAUGUAAAAUACUAAUUUUCUUUUUAUUGUAAUUGUGUUAAUUCAUGGUUUGGACUUUUGAGUGGUAGUAGACAUAUUUUUCUGUCAAACUCAUUUACUCAAAAAAUUCAUAUGGACAAUUUUAAGUGUUUUAAUCUCUUUAAACACUUAACACUUAUUUCCUCAACGAUUGGCACUCAUGGAAGAACAAAAAACAUUUUGAAAACAAGCUGAAGUAGAACCCCAAAUGUAGAGCAAUGAUAUGUUCAACUAGCUUGUACUUUUAGUGCCACUUGUCAAGAAAGAGUUUUUGUGCUAAAGGAAACAUUUAGAUGCAGCUUACAUAGAACUGUCUUCUCUGCUUUCAUGUAAAAAGUGCAAAUAAUAUAAAGAGAAAUAAAUAAGAUUGAAACUUCAAUUUUUCACUG